AUGCCAUUUCAGCGGGGCGUCUUAGCCGCUCUCUUGGUGGUACUGGCCUACAUCAUCAAGAUCGUGUGGACAGGGCUCACAGGCCCACUGUCAAAGCUUCCAGGGCCAUGGUACACCAAGUAUACCAGUCUCGUCCUUCGUUACCAGACGGUUUCAGGGAAACGAAUCUUCUACGUGGACAAUCUUCACCAGCGCUAUGGCGGCGUCGUGCGAAUCUCUCCAAACGAGACAGCCAUAUCGGACAUAGCCGGUGUCAGUCAGAUACACAAGAUCGGUGCUGGAUACCUGAAGUCGGACUUCUACUCGUCUCUCCUUCCAACUGAUACACCCGGUAUAUUCCCGAUGCGCGAUCCACAUGCCCACGCCGCAAGAAGAAGGCUGUUUGCCCGACCCUUCAGCAACACCAGCUUGAGCAGCAACUGGGACGUAGAGAUUAGGACGAAAGCAAACCUAGCUGUCCAGAGAAUUCGACACGACGCAAUGGGUUCAUCGCAAGGAGCCGAUGUCCUCAAAUGGUGGACGCUCAUGGCCAAUGAUGUAAUUGCUCACCUCAGCUUUGGAGAGAGCUCCGAAAUGCUUGAGAUGGGUAAGCAAACACCAUACAUUGAUGCUAUUCAGGCUGCGCUUAUUUGCGGUAUCAUUCGGUCCGAAAUUGGAACUACCAUCUGGAAAAUUCUCAGUUACCUCCCCAUCGAACGGAUAAAGUUUCUCUACUCGAUCGAUGACGUCCUGAACGAACACGGCGAGCGGGCGAUACAGAAGAUGCGCAGUGAGGGUGGUAAUACCAAGAAUCUCUUCAAUCAAAUGAUGGCUGCUGGGGAAGACAGUAAGACUGCCGCGCUUUCGAAUAAACACAUAAGGGAGGAAGCGGCCGGCUUCAUUGUGGCCGGAUCGGACACUACCGCGGUGACGCUCACGUAUCUCGUCUGGGCGGUUCUCAAGCAGCCUGAUCUGCAGUCUCGACUGGAGAACGAGAUUGCAGAACUCAGCGAGGAGCUUACAAAAGAAGAGCUCGAGAACGCGCCUCUAUUGAACAGCGUCAUCGCAGAGACGUUGAGGCUUUACGGCGCUGCUCCUGGCGCCUUACCUCGGGUUGUACCGAAACAGGGCACUGUCAUAGGCGGCCAUCACAUCCCCGCAGAUACUGUGGUCAGCACUCAGGCUUACACAAACCAUCGCGAUCCUUCCGCCUUUCCCAAUCCCCACGAAUUUGACGGUCUUCGCUUUUUGGACAAGAGCAUGAUGUCAGCACAUCAGAAGGCGUCGUACAUGCCCUUUGGAGCUGGCUCGAGGGUGUGUAUCGGCAUACAUCUAGCGUAUAUGGAGCUCCGCUUAGGAGCUGCUCUCUUCUUCCGACAUUGUCGCGGCGCCAAAAUCUCCGACUCCAUGAACGAUGAGAUGAUGGAGAUGGACAACAACUUCUUGAUUGCUCCCAAGGGCCAUCACUGCUACAUCACCCUGGGAUGA